AUGGGAUUUGAGAAAGCCGGUGCUGAAAGGAAGUUGCAACUGCAAGAAUUAGAGAGCCUUCGUCUAGAAGCUUAUGAGAACUCAAGACUGUACAAGGAAAAAAUGAAGGCUGUACAUGAUCAACACAUCAAGAGAAAGGAGUUUCAACCUGGGGCUUUGGUCCUUCUUUACAACACUAGACUGAGGCUCAUGCCAGGCAAACUGGGAUCAAGGUGGGAAGGUCCAAAUAGAGUCGAGAGGGCUGAGCCGUACGGAGUUUUCUAUCUAAGUCACCCUUCAAGCUCUGAACUCAUCAAGGUUAAUGGACACCGUUUGUAG